GCCACCCGUUCGGUUUCCCCGCCGUUCCGUUUGUUUUCCUUCGCUCGGUCGCUGCCCGGAGCCCGAAGGGAGCCGCGGGUCCCGGCGCCGCUGCAGGCCGUGUUCGGUGUCCCUGGCGGGAGCGCGGCCGGUGCGGGGCGCGGCGGCUCCCCCAGCUCCCUCACAGGACGCUGCUUCCCCACGGCCCGCAGCGAGCCCUUCCCGCCCGUUUUGCGGCCUUUCCCGCGGUCGCGGUGCGUGCUGGAGGAUGGGGCUGGUUGGGCGCCGGGUGCGUUCGCUCCGUUUGCGGGCUGACAGCUGGGUCUGCCCGGUAUUUCGGGAGUCCCCAUCGGCCGCCGAGGGAUCUUUGGGUUAAUGAGCCCUUAUCAGGUCUUAGCCGCUCUCCGGUCGUUCGGGCAUGUGGUUUCUUUUGUUUGUUUUUACUGUACGUAGUGCUUUUAGCGUCUUUAAGAAACGCUUGGCCAGCAGCUGUUCUGAUGGAGCUGAGGAACUUCAGGAAUUCUGUUGUUAAACUGUGUGCACAGCAGGUUGACUCCUCACUGCAUUGUGAAAGCCGUUAGGAAAAAGUCCUUGGGGUUAAAACCUGGGGCUCCACAGUGUUACGUGCACUUGGGGCUAGAAAUAAUUUUAAAUGGCGACUGAUCUGUCUGAAGCUGAACCCGUGCAUCAUAAGGCGCUUCCACUCUUAACGGGAACUCAGCUGAUCCACACGGACAAGUUAAGUGAGAAAGCUGAAGACGACGCGAUGCCGAUCCGCCGCUCCGUUAAUUCUUCUUCUCGAGAAACUCCUCCCAAAAGCAAACCUGCUGAAGGUGGCGAAGAGGUGAAAGCAGAUGCAGAAGCCACUUCUGAGGAAUCUGCCUCUGCUGGAGAAGAACAAGAGAAUGAAACCCUGCCUGCUGCUGCACCUAGUGAAGCAGAACAGCCAAAGGAACCUGAGAAUGAAGAGAAGGGGGAAACAAAGUCCUCAGAAGAAACCAAAAAGGAUGAUAAAGAUCAGUCUAAGGAAAAGGAGAAGAAGGUGAAAAAGACCAUUCCUGCUUGGGCUACUCUUUCUGCUAGCCAGCUGGCUAGGGCACAGAAACAAACUCAGAUGGCUGCCACUUCACGUCCGAAGAUGGAUGCUAUUUUAACUGAGGCCAUCAAGGCAUGCUUUCAGAAGAGCGGCGCAUCAGUUGUUGCAAUACGUAAAUACAUCAUCCACAAAUACCCUUCCCUGGAGCUGGAGAGAAGAGGCUAUCUUCUAAAGCAAGCCUUGAAAAGGGAGCUGGAGAGGGGGAUCAUCAGGCAGGUGAAAGGGAAGGGAGCUUCUGGAAGCUUCGUGGUGGUUUCUAAUGCAGGAAAAACUGUUCAGAAAGCCAGAGACAGAAAGAAAAGCACUUCCAUUUCGACUCCAGAGCAACAAGUGAAGCUGGAAGACAUCCUGCCACUGGCUUUCACCCGUCUUUGUGAGCCAAAAGAAGCUUCUUACAGCCUGAUCAAGAAAUAUGUGUCUCAGUAUUAUCCCAAACUCAAAGUAGAUAUCAGACCCCAGCUGUUGAAGAAUGCCCUGCAAAGAGCUGUAGAAAAGGGCCAGCUAGAGCAGAUCACAGGGAAAGGAGCAUCUGGGACAUUCCAGCUGAAGAAGUCAGGGGAGAAGCCCCUGUUGGGUGGGACUCUGAUGGAAGAUGCCAUCCUGUCUGCUAUUGCGGCCAUGAACGAACCGAAGACCUGCUCCACCACAGCACUGAAGAAGUAUAUCCUGGAAAACCAUCCAGGGACCAACUCCAACUUCCAAGUGCAUCUACUGAAGAGAACCCUGCAGAGAUGUGAGAAGAAUGGCUGGUUGGAGCAGAUUUCUGGAAAGGGCUUCAGUGGAACCUUUCAGCUUUGCUUCCCUUAUUACCCUAGCCCAGAUGUGCUCUACCCGGAGAAGCAGCAGGAUGAGGACUCCGAAGAAUCUGAUGAGGAGGAAGAGGAGGAAUCUGAGGAGGAAGAAGAAUCUGAAGAUGAAGAGUCUGAGGAGGAAGAGCCACCACCAAAGAAGAGGAUGCAGAAGAGGCCUCCUCCAAAAUCACGGAGCAGGGCCCCUCCAAUGAAGCGAAGAGAAUCCAAACCCAAGCCCAGGAAGACCCCUGCAGCCCGCCGGGGGAAAGCUAAGCCCCCACCCAAGGUGAAAACCCCUACAAAGAAAGCCAAACCAGCAACCCCAGUCAUCAAGAAACCCUCUGGUGGCAGCUCUUCCAGGAAACCAGCAGCUAGUGGGAGGAAGGAGGUGAAACCUUCUACCAAGGGCAAAUCUGCCAUGAGGAAAUCUCUCCGGGCAAAAAAGUAAAUAUUUCCACUGUCAGGGGAUCCCAUGAUCAAAUCCACAAUCUUGUUUUAUAAAGUCAACGUGCAUUUGUAUUUUAGUUCUGAUGCUUAAACACUUUUUUUUUUUUCUUCUUGAAUGAUGGGGGAAAAAGCUGAAAACUAAAUCAAACAACCUAAGCAUUUGUUAGAUCUCAGUGCUGUGCCUUGUGCCUACCCCUCCCUUGGAACAAGUCAUCUUUAGUUUCUACAAUAAUCUUAAGACUUUUCUAGGACCUGUAAUCUGUACAUUUUAUGGUGUUUUUCUUGGGUUUGAGGGGAGGGCAGCAUUUAAAAAUUCUUCAAAGAAGUUAUUUGUAUUUUCAGGCAGCAGGAACGUGAUGAUUGGGGGAAGUAUGAUUCUUAAUUGAGAAGGUACGAUGGCACUAGAGUCCUCCGUAAAUCCUCUGCAUGAGGAGGUCAUUCCUGCUUCUGUGAAGGAGCAGCGUAUGUAUACAGCACUUGCACUGAGUCCUGGAGGUGCUCCUUUAUGCUCAGCUGUGGUGCUGGCAGGUCAAGGAGGUGUGUGUGGCUUUUUCAGACUGGCACAGUGUGUGUGAGAGUGGGUCAGGUCUUCAGUCAAUGGAGGCUGCCGCUUGUACCGAGCAUCUGACACCAGAGGGGCUCUAAAAGGGGUAGUUCUCGGGCGGGUGAUUUGAAUUAGUGUUUCCAUGCUACUUCUGUUACCUUAAACCAAAAUAUAUAAAAGUCUUCUUGAAUCCAACUUUCAAAUGUUUUUAAGAGAUGAAGAGCCUAAGUUUUGUCAUUUCUUGUUUACCCUUUUUUUAAAAGAAAAGUUGGAAAGCUAUACAGUUGCUAAUGUAGAGAUGUUGAUAAGUGAAGAACAUGCAGUUUGCUAAAAUAAAAUGAAACUAGA